AUAAAUUAAAACAUUUAUGUACAUACAUAUUCCUACAUAGUUUUCGUUUUAGAAAAUUGUACUAACUGCCAUGAGUAGUCAGCAGCAAAAGAUUAUUGUCAUUGGGGCUGGGGCUUCGGGCAUUGCAUGCGCUACAAAGCUCCUGGAAUACGGGUUUCAAAAUGUACUCGUCGUAGAGGCGGAGCAGCGAAUUGGCGGUCGAAUACACACAAUACCUUUUGGCGAUAAUGUGAUCGAUCUGGGAGCCCAAUGGUGCCAUGGUGAACAGGACAACAUUGUUUACGAGUUGGCCAGCAAACACGAUUUGCUUGAGACCACAGGACCCGUGUAUGAAAACUAUCAGUGUGUGCGUUCCAACCGCGAGGUGGUACCAGAGCAUGUGGCCAACCGACUAAAGGCCAUUGUUAACGACAGUCUUGUGACGAGACAGCUGGAACUACGCAAUUGCAGCGGUUCACUUGGCAGCUAUUUGAGCAACAAGUUCUACGAGAUGUUGCGGAGGCCGGAGUACGCGGACAUCGAUGAGAGAAUAGCGAAGGAGUUCUUUGAGAACUAUCAGAAGUUCGAAAACUCUGUCGAGGCGUCCGACACUUUAGAUCAAGUGUCUGGUCGCGGCUAUCUGGAGUAUUGGGAAUGCGAGGGCGACAUACUUCUUAACUGGAAGGACACAGGAUUUGUAGAACUGUUAAGAGUACUCCUGCGUGCGCCUUCCUUCCCAGAACUCCCUCAGCUGGGUAGCCUAGAUGAACGUGUGCUGUUCGGCCGGCGCGUUACACAAAUCCAAUGGAAUCGCAACGAUUCUCGCGUAGAAGUGCUGUUUAGUAACGGGGAUAGUUGUCUUGCCGACCAUGUCGUUGUCACCGUCUCUUUGGGUGUGCUUAAGGAGCAGCACUGGCGCCUAUUCGAGCCAAAGCUGCCGGUAGAGAAGCAACGUGCCAUUGAAGGCUUAGCUUUCGGAACUGUCAACAAGAUUUUUGUCGAGUUUCCGCAACCAUUCUGGCCCGAAGAUUGGACGGGCUUUACAAUGCUGUGGCGAGAAGAGGACCUGCAGGACAUACGUGAUACAGAGCGCGCCUGGUUGGAAGAUGUGUUUGGCUUCUAUCGUGUCAGCUAUCAGCCCAAUGUUCUGGCUGGUUGGAUAAUCAAUGCGAAUGGCCGACAUAUGGAGACAUUGCCAGAGGAUGAAGUCCUGGCAGGUUGUACGUACCUCUUCCGUCGCUUUCUGCACUGGCAAAUACCUGAACCGAUAGGUUUUCGUACCUCCGCAUGGUAUUCAAACGAAAAUUUCCGCGGAUCCUAUUCCUACCGCUCCAUGGAAACAGAGCAGAUGGGCACCGGGGCACAUGAUUUAGCCCAGCCACUGACUGUGGUUACACCAACUCCUAGGACAGUCACACCUCCACAGGAGACCACUGAGCUUCCAUUGCUUCAGACCCGUUGUGACAAACCCAUUGUGCUGUUUGCUGGCGAGGCCUCCAGUCCGCACUAUUAUUCGACUGUGCAUGGCGCUGUGGAGGCCGGUUGGCGGGAAGCUAAACGGUUAGCAGACUUUUACGGCCUUCCACGCGCUGUGAAAAAGUCGCAACUUUAACAUUAGGUGGACUUUAAAUUCCUGACAGGCAUUUGAAGUCACGCAAUGCAAUACAUACCCGAUAUAUUUCUUUUUUUUUUUUUAAAUCGGUCUUCACUAGUUCGUAAUAACAAAGCUCAAAUUUUGUGGGACAAGAAAACAGCACCAUAUGAAAGAUCAUUUUAAUUCUGUUAUUGUUGAGUGUGAAGAGCAGUUGGGAAAACUUACAGCUUAAGUGGAAACUAUUGUCAGCCUGAUCAGCCAAUCGACUAUACGAUUCAUCGUAAUAGACUUCAAAACAUAUGACCAUAGAAUAUACUUGUAUGUAUACAAUUUAUUUACUAUAUUUAACGUUUAAAUUUUAUCUAUUUAAUAACGGACGAGUACGUGUGUAUGUAUGUAUGUAUGUAUAUAUGUAUGUAUGUGUUAAAAAGCUUUCAAAUAAAUCAGAACUGAUACUUAAACUAUGAA